CAUGGCUGUCGCCUUCUGUUGUGUGAGCUGUCAGCCACGUCUACACGUCACCUCCUCUUUCAAAUAUUUUCCUUCCAGACAGCACUAGACAUAAAUUGGCUUGCGAGAAAGGCUUCCUCCGUGUAUGUUUGUUUUUGUUUACGGAUCAGCACACAUCUUGAUCCGUCGUGGGUUAUCGACGUGUAGCGAUUUUUUUUUCCCCCCCAAGAUCGCACUCCCAUUUGCCUUUGCGCGGAUCGGCCCAGUCGCCACAAUUAUUGAAAGAACCUCUUUCAAAGUGUCAUAUAAAGAGUAAAGGGAGCAAAAUGAACGUAUUUCGUCUGGCUGGUGAUGUGUCGCAUCUGUUGGCCAUCCUCAUUUUGUUAGUUAAAAUAUACAAAUCCAGAUCAUGUGCAGGCAUCUCUGGAAAGUCUCAGGUGCUGUUUGCACUGGUCUUCACCACCAGAUACCUUGACUUAUUCACCAUCUUCAUUUCUCCUUACAACACAGUGAUGAAGGUGGUGUUUUUGGCACUCUCCUAUGCUACCGUGUACUUGAUAUACAUGCGCUUCAGGAAUACUUACGACUCUGAGAACGACUCAUUCCGUGUGGAGUUCCUGUUGGUGCCAGUUAUUGGUCUGUCCUUACUGGAAAACUACGCAUUCACACCCUUGGAGGUUCUAUGGACCUUCUCGAUCUUCCUGGAGUCUGUGGCCAUAAUGCCACAACUGUUCAUGAUCACCAAGACGGGCGAGGCUGAGUCCAUCACCACCCACUACUUGUUCUUCCUUGGGCUGUACAGAGCCCUCUACAUCGUCAACUGGGUGUGGCGCUACCACACGGAGGGCUUCUUCGACCAUAUUGCAGUCGUGUCUGGUGUUGUCCAGACCAUUUUCUACUGUGACUUCUUCUACCUUUACGUUACAAGAGUGUUAAGAGAGAGAGGAAAAAUGAGCCUGCCGAUGCCCGUCUAGUCGCCCGUCGGAGCACGGAGACCACCACCCUCAACUGUAGGUCUUUAACUGUGGGACAGAUGAGCUGACAUUCUAUCGACCAAAACAAGUGCUUUAACUUUAAAUUGAAUUCCUUUCUGGCUGGUACAUUUUAAUGUGUGUUUGUGUGUGUAUGCUUACAUUAAUUGGUGUGCUACGUUUCCUUGUUUUUCCACUUUGUACGGAUUAGAUGCAAACGUGACACUGAAAAUGUAGCCGUUUUUACACAGAGCCUAAAAUUGGGCAUCUUUCCAAAACUAUCACAAACAGGUUUUCUUUAUUAACUGAUGCUGAGACCGCAGUGAUGAAUGCAGUUUCAGACAUUUAACGUGAUCACAAUCAGGACUCUAAAAAAUCAUUGUCAGGUCCGUAGUCUGUCCAAAAUCUAGUGUUCACACUUUUAAAUGUCCAAUGUUUUGCAUCAAUUCCAAAUAUUACAUUAUAUGUUCAAGUGUACUCUGUAAUAUAGCACAGUGUCUUUUUUUUCAUUCUGAAUCAUUGAACAGUUGUUUUAUCUUGUUAAUACUGUACUCCUUAUUGCCGAGGAUGUGAUCUUUUUUUGUAUUUUCGAGUUUGGUUUUUCUUAGGACAAUGUAUUUCUUCAUGGGAGUAAAAAGGGCUAACCAUUUUUUUGCAUGAACAUAAGUCAAGCCAAAAAUGAAAUGUAUCUCUGCAUAAUAUAAAUUCGAUCCAAUUCAAGCUAUCAUUUUAGCUAAUGAUUGUCAGGUUGUUUUGCUCCUUUGUUUUUUUUUUUUUCUAAAUUAAAUUGCACAUUUAUUAA